GCAGCAGCAGCAGUAGCACGAGCUCCACGCGCUCCUGUACCUGAUCGAUGUGUAGCUUGUGAUCGAUCCGCGGAUGGAUUGUUGACACCACGCCGCUGUGACUCGGAUAUCCCUCCGCCGGAUUGUCGCGUUUUUCUCCCCCCGUUUGUAGCGUCUGAGCGGUCCUCGGUGUCCGGGAGGGCUCCACCGUACCGGGGGGGCAGCCAUGGGUUUCUACGGCACCUUGAAGCUCAUCUUCUAUAAAAUGAAGAGGAAGUUGGAUCAUGGUCCGGACGGACGGCCGUUCCCUUCAGGGAAGAAGCACUGCAAAGGCAACGGCUACCUCAGUCCCUCCAGUCUGGUUCCGGCCACACCCACCACAUUCGGCGACCUGCGGCUGGCCAAUGGACAUUCGGCUCAGCGGCGGCGCGUCACCUCGGGACCGCCUCCCUCUGGCCUGCAGGACUGGCUCCAUAUCUUCCAGACGUGGAGCGGACCCGAGAGGCUCCUGGCUCUGGACGAGCUGAUCGACAGGUGUGAGACCAGUCAGGUGAAGCACAUGAUGCAGGUCAUCGAGCCCCAGUUCCAGAGAGACUUCAUAUCUCUGCUGCCCAAAGAGUUAGCGCUGUACGUGCUGACCUUCCUGGCUCCUAAAGACCUGCUGCAGGCCGCCCAGACCUGCAGGUACUGGAGGAUCCUGGCUGAAGACAACCUGCUGUGGAGGGAGAAGUGCCGCGAGGAAGUUUCUACAGUCGCCCAGAGUGGACAAACACCGACUCUAGACAGAAACUACUGCAGUUUCUCCAUCACGCUCUGA